AUGACUCCUGUAUUCCCUAGUUCGUCGGUUGAGACUCAACCUGUGGUGUCAGCACAUCGAUAUCACCAAACAAACGGGGGACACGUGGAUGAAGAAAGAAUAUCAUCACAGGAUGUGAAUCAGCUAGGAAACUGGGACCGCUUAUUGGAACAAAUGGGAUUUGACGGGGCACCUGUGAAUCUAUCAUUCGAGGACGAGUGCGACGAUGUGCUACGAGGAAGGAAACACGACACUGUUGCCAUAUCUGAUGAAAAGGAAUAUAUCCCGACUCAAUUUCCGUCCGCUGGAAACAGCCAGGAGAUCCUUUAUCGUUUAGUUUGCGACGAGGGAGGGAAGAAGACAUUUCGAUAUUCCUGGCUACCGUUCAAGGGCCUACAGCAAGACGAUCGCGAAAGAUGUGAAAGAAGAGACCUCGCUAUUCUGGAUAUUGACGCCUGGGUAGAGGGUGAGCACUUAAAGAAUCCCCCUCGCAAGAGCCAACGUCGAAAGACCUUCUCCGUUGAGGAUCCAGAGGAGUUCAGUCUGGAUGUUGACUUUCGGGCGCGCACAAUAUACCCCACACGGAUUCGUGUACACUCGCCGUAUAUUCAGAACGUGUUGCGGGCACUCAUUCGUUACUAUCCCGGUUACAACAUUCAGGAUCACGAAAUGACGUUCGUGCACCCCUUCAAGGAGCUUUUCCACUACUGGGAUGACCUACAUUAUCUUCUGGGCCACCGGGAUGCCACGGGCCAGAGCGAAGCCGCCGUCCACAAUUCGGACACGGGAUCUCAAGUCAGAGUCUCUUGCGAUGAGACAACCUGCAAGCAUCUCCAGACCUUACUAACGGCUCCUCCGGUACAGGAGGCGUGGGACAAUAUUGUCAAACCUGAAUUGGACCUGUACAGCUCUGGUCGGGCAUCAUACGACUUCCUUUGGCUUCUUUUUAAGCCGGGGGAUAUUGUUUUCUUGCGAUCGCAGGGCAGCGACGAGAAGUUGGCCGGUUUCGUUGUUAUGGAUUUUCUCUACUUGUCGUUCAGCGGAAGGCCGUCACCACUGGUUGAUCCACAUCCUACAGACCGCUGGCAACUGACUCUUUGGAACCUUGCGUAUGACAAUGGGCGCCUGCGGCGGCGGGCCCGCAUCAUCUACGUAAACCGCUUCUACGGUGUUCAGGCUAUCACAGACCUCGCUGCGUUCCCGACCAAGUUUGCGCCCGACCCGGAAGCUUUACGAUCCCAGCUGAUCAAGCGUGGGAGGCGCUAUUAUCGCAUUAUCUGUGAUGAACAAAGCUACAUGCGGUAUAACGGAUUCAUCAUUAGUGACAAGCCGUAUCACUAUCAAGGGGACAUCAUCGUGGAUCACCAAAGCUACAUGCUGGAGGCUCUGGACUCGCCCAACUUGGCAGUGCCAGAUGUCUCUGGUGAAGAACCCCAGGAUCUGCAUGGGGAGCCGCUCUUCUCAAAGUUCAAUGACAUGGAGUGCUCAGCGGCCAAUGAGCUUGAUCCCGCUCAUUAUCUCCUUCUUCCGGUACAUGUCCUGGGAUUCGCACUCGGGAAGCGAGAGUGGGCGAUCUUUGAUAUGAGCUUCGUUGAGGACCUAGUCAUCGACAGCAACCCAAUGAAGCACUUGAUCAUGAGCCAGGAGAAGCAAGAGAUGAUCGAAGCGGUGGCCGGGUCCCCUCGAAAGGGCACUGCUCUAAAACCUUGGACCACUGAUUGGAGCGCAGACUUUAUUGAAGGCAAAGGCCGAGGACGGGUCAUAUUUCUUCAUGGUUCUCCGGGGACUGGAAAGACCAUGACGGUGGAGUUGAUUGCAAAAAAGACCAGACGACCCCUCCUAAGUCUCUCUGUAGCAGAUCUCGGCACGGAGGAAGUUCAGAUGGAAAAACGGUUGAUGAAGUGGCUUAGCCGUGCAGCUAUCUGGGGCGCCAUUGUGCUCAUUGAUGAAGCUGAGGUAUAUAUGGAACAAAGGGAGCCUGGGCAGACUGGCCGCAACGCUCUCGUUACUGCCUUUCUUCGUUCGAUGGAAUACUUUCCAGGUCUGUUAUUUCUCACGUCUAAUGGAAUCGGCCUCUUCGACGAGGCUGUGAUGUCUCGCAUUCAUCUAGCAGUGCAAUAUGAGCGUCCCACCGAUGCGGAGCGGACAGAAAUUUGGAGAAGGCUAUUCGACAAACUGGAGCAGGACCAGGAAAGUGGUUCUGAAUCUUCGCAAACGGGUGGCUCAGCCAUUAAACCGACCAUUGUUGUUCGAUCUACGGCACGAGACGUGGUUCUAAGCAAGGAACAGUAUCCGACCAAUCUCAAGCUCAACGGGCGAGACAUUCGGAAUCUCCUGCUUAGUGCCAUCAGCUUGGCACGGCAUAGGAGUCUGAACGAAGCUGUGGACGGAAAACCUCCGAAGAAAAUUGAAGUCAUGGCCAAAGAUCUGGAGGCUGUGUUGAAAAACAAAGAGCAGUUCAACGACCACUAUAAGGAAGCAACUGGGUCCUACCCCGAUGAAAUGGCGGCUCAAAAGUAUUUCCGAGGAGAGAGCAAAUCAUGA